AUGAAGGCAAAUCUGAUGAAGAAGGCUUCCGAACUUCAUACCUUAUGUGACGUGGACGUGUCAAUUAUUACCUUUCCACAGAGCACCGACGACGUAGACGAGGAGCAAUUACAACCUGAGAUCUGGCCGGCGGAGGGAUCUAACAAGUUCCUUUCUCAAAUCGAAGAAUUCAAGAAACAAUCGCAGGAGGAGAAGAUGAAGAGGACAGUCGAAGUCGAUAGUUACUUGGAGGAGAGGUGCAAGAAACUCGAAGAUGAGAUUAUUAAACUAAGGAAGAAGAACUACGGCGCCGUUUAUCCAAGUUGGAAUCAUCCUCACUACAAUGACUUGCCGGAAGAGAAACUUCAAGCUGAUUAUCAUCAUCAACAUCAGUCUGAAUUCAUUCCUAACAUCAGAUCAAAUUUCCAUAACAACAUUGUUGAUAAUCAAUAUCUGUUGAUGGAUCAACAACAACCGGAUAAUCUGUAUGAUAACUUGAUCUACGACUACGACUAUUACGCCUCAAUGAUUCCGCCUAAUUUGAUGAAUAUCGGCGGAGACGACGGAUUCAGAACGAUCGACAUCAAUAAUAAUAUGAUUCAUAUGCGGCAGAAUGGUUACGAAGAACAACAAAUUGGAUAUUACUCUAGAAUGAUGUAG